UUAUAUUUUGCAUAAAAAAGCCAUUGCGGGCGAUAGAAGAGCAUACCCAUGCGGCAAUCGUUGCACAACCGCUGUGUCCUAUCACUGAAGUCUACGAAAAUGAGCGACACGAAAACUCUGCUGAGUGCACUGCUAUGCGACAUUUAUGGCAAGCAGGAGCAGCAGGCCAGACGUCUGCGUCGCUGCCGUCGCCACCAGAAAGUGCAGGAGAAGCCCAGCUCCAAGGAUCAACGUCCCUGCCGCAGAUCCGCAAAGAGGGAGAGUGGAGCGAAAAUGGCCAGCGGCCUGGCCGGCAAUCAGAAGGUGCUGCAGACGCUGAGCGUGCGCCAGCUGAUCGAUGUCAGUGCCAUGCUCAAGGUGGAGCUGCUGAUGAUGGGCUACAUGCUGGAGCGAGUGCUGAUCACGCGCGAUCGCCUGCAGCGCCACCAGGAGGUGCUCUGCGAGUUCGUGACGGCCAUACUGGUCGUGGAGACACACGAUGCACAGCCUAAAAUGCGCUUUAGUCUCUCACCACCGCCACCAAAAGUCAGCCUAACCCCACCCACUAGCACCACAAGCGCCACUAGCAGCUCAACCACCAUCAGCUGCAGCAGCAGCAACAACAACGUCAGCGGCGGCCAUAGCAAGACCCUCAGCCGCAACCGCAACAACAACAACAUGCUGGGCACGGGACCGGCCAACGCCAGCACCGAUGCUGACGCGGAUGAGGCUCUGUCGGACUACAACCAAUGGCUGCAUGCCAUGAAGCUGGUGGCUCGACUGCCAGGCGGCACGCCACCCGAGUUCCGGCGCAAGCUGUGGCUGUCCUUGGCGGACAAGUAUCUGAAGUCGAAGAACAUUGACUGGGCGAAGCAGCGCGAGAAGUGCUUCUGCGAGGAGUGGCGCGAGGACGAUGAGGAGCUGGGCAUUCAGAUCGUUAAGGAUCUGCACCGCACGGGCUCGAAUUUGUGCACCGGCCCCGCAGGCUCCAUCAACCAGGCGAAGCUCAAGCGCAUCCUGCUCGGCUAUGCGCGCUACAACCCCGAAGUGGGCUACUGCCAGGGCUUUAACAUGCUGGGCGCGCUGAUACUGCAGGUGAUGGACAAGGAGGAGGAGGAGUCCAUGAAGGUCAUGAUUUACUUGGUAGAGGGCGUGCUGCCCACGGGCUACUUCUACGGCUCAAUGGGCGGCCUACAAGCGGACAUGGGCGUCUUCCGAGAGCUUAUGCAAACAAAGCUCCCACGCCUGGCCAAGCACCUACAGCGACUGCAGGGGCCCAUGGAGAAUGCCUAUGAGCCGCCGCUCACCAACGUAUUUACCAUGCAGUGGUUCCUCACCAUGUUCUGCACCUGCCUGCCGAUGUCCUGCGUACUGCGUGUCUGGGAUCUGGUGCUCAUCGAGGGCAGCGACGUGCUGCUGCGCACCGCCCUCGUCCUCUGGAGCCUGCUCGAGGAACGUGUCCUCAAUGCACGCACUGCUGAUGACUUCUAUGGCAAAAUGGGAUCCUUCUCCAAUGAGCUCUUGAAUGGCCACCUCAUCGAUUCGAAUGGCCUCAUAGAGAAAGUGGUGCAGCUAGGACCCAUAGCCGACAUCAAGCAGCUGAGGGAGAAGCAUCUGUACAACAUUACUCCGCUGGCCAACAAGCAAGGAUUGCAGCUCUACUACGAUGAGGAGGAUGCGCAUUCCGACGACGAGUCGCGCAUGGCAGUGGCCACUGUGUGGGGCCUGAACUGGGGCAGACGCGGCUCCGUGGGCACGGGCGCAACGGGGGCAGGCAAGCCGCAAGCGGAACAGAAGGACCGGCUGGCUCUGGACAUAUCGUUGCUGAAGAAGCAGUACGAUCGUCUGCGCGAGCGACAGAAGCAGGCCCACGUCAUACUGACCUCCGCCUGCUCCACAGCAACUGCACCGCGACAAGCGAGCUCCAACCAGUUGCCAGUUAAUCAGCUGCUCCUCGGCCGCCCGGCCAUAAUCACCAACAAGGGGAAGCGUGUGGGAGCCCCGUUGGGCGCAAUUCCACCCGCACGCAAGCCCUCGCUUCCAGCCGUGCUGCACAGCAAGCCCCCAGAGCGACAGCUGCGGCGCGGGGAGACGCUGCUCUGGCGGGACACGGAUGCCACGCGGAAUCGACGUGAUAGCCUGACGUGGAAGGAGAUCAAAGCCGAUCGCGCUGCCAUGUUUCGAGAAGGCAGCGAUGCCACCGCGGUCAAGUCACAGAAGCUGCGUUCGCGAUUGGGCAAAAGUGAUAGCUCCUCGUACAGUGAGGAUAGCGAUGGGGAGCAGGAGGCGGAGGACAAAGAUGGCUCCAGCACCGACACCAGUCUGUGCGAUGACGACGAUCCCAAGUCGAGCGAGCAGAGUCCCAAGCGCAAAGCAAAGCUGGCGCGCAAGCUGAAAGAGAAGCCUAAGCUGGCUGUAUCACGAGAGCCCAGCCUGGAGCGCAGGAGACCCAAGUCGUGGGCGCCCAGUAGCCAUGAAAUACCUUUUAUGCUCAUGGGAACCGAGAGCGGCGAUGAGAAGGAGCCGGCACCAAAAGAGGAGGAGGACAGCGCCACCGAAUGCGAUCGCUUUGACUACUCAAGGAACUUGGAUUGGUCAAAGGAAGCAGGGGAUCUGGCGUCAAGUAAAAUAGAAACGCUGACAGGCGCAACUCUACCAGCGACCAGCACUACACAGCUCUCACCCCUCCGAGAUGUUGUCAGCUAUCUAGGCACAGCCAGCAUCAGUGAACUGCCUUCGUCUAGGCUAGAAUAUGCAAUGUCCGAUACCGAAUCGGUUAAUCCUCCUGAUAUAGUUGAUGCUGUAGCCAGCUCAGCCGUGGAAAAGGAAUACUCCUCAAGGCGGUACGAUGUUAGUGACGAUGGCGUAACCAAUCAGUAUUUUGAGCGGGUCAAUAGCGUGGAGCGUCCUAAGCUACUAGAACUCUCGUUCUCCCUAAACGAGGAGGAUGCGGAAAUAACCUCGCCCAAGGAAGAGCAACGUGCCCUGGUCGAAGGCCACAGUGCUGGGUAUAUAGCAAAGAGUAUGCCUUUCGAUCUACCAGCUAUAGAACUGAAAGCGGGCAUACCUCCAAUACGCGAUGACAACAUUCCAGGCGAAAACAAGGACGACUACAAAGAAGUGCUGAGCAUGACGAUAGAACCGAAGAAGGACGCACUGCCCACGAUCCUCAGUAGCGCCUGCCGUAAGCGUCGAGAUCCAAGGCGCAAGACUCUGACAAGAUCAUCCACGAUUGAGCUGGAAGAACGAUUCCAGGCGCUAGAGCGACGGUUCAGUCAGGAGAAACCGAAUCGACAUUCGGCAAGUGAUAAAAUAGAGGGCAUCAAGUACAUACCUAGCACUGCGGCUCUGGAGGAGCGUUACAAUACGCUCGAGAAACAGCUCAGUGCGGAGAAGCAAGGUGUGCAUCCGGUAGAGCCCACGGCUGAAUGUUUUGAGAAGCCGGAACGUAUUCCCUCUACAGCUGACCUGGAAAUGCGUUUCAAUGCCUUGGCCAAGCAAAUGAGCUCCACUGAAUCAAACUCAAAAGCUCCCAUUGAACUUAGGGGUCAAGAUCAGCCAGCGGGCAGUAGCUCAAAGGAGGGAAACGAAAGCGAAAAAACCAGCAAACUGCAUAAACUAAAUGACUCUCAGACAGAUACAACAAAACCUGCCAACGAAAGCGAUGCAACUGACAAGAAAGAGAGCGAAAGUAAGCAGAAGUCGGAGACACCGCGCCUUAAAAAACUGCCUUCAACAGCCGAACUAGAAGAUCGCUUUAAUGCCUUAGAGCGAAGGAUAAGCGUGCAAAAAGCCAGUCCUACCAAGGCAAAGAAGGAACCACCUGACGAAAUCAUAGAAAGUAAAAAAGCUUCACCCAAGAAAGUUGCAGAGGCACCAGCAAAGGCAGAAAGUAAAGCACAGAGCCAAGAAUUAGCUGAAGAAGUUAAUCAAACAAAGGAAAAGACAAGCGAUGUAGAGAUUCCCAAACAUGCUGAGAGCCCAAAGCCUGAAGCUUCGGAUAAGGAAGUUGAAGUCAAAGUUUCACCUCCGAAAAAUGAGAAAAACCAAAGCGAAAAGAAAGAACUUGUAAAGAGCAAAGAAUCAUCGAAUGCAGAGGACAAGCAAGUUGAGGUGCUCAAGCGAAAGUCCCCACCUUCCACAGAGGAACUAGAGAAACGCUUCAAUGCCUUAGAGAAGCAGCGGAGCACCUCCAAAGGAGAUACAAAUGGAGCAGUUGACAAUGAGAGGUCUUCUAAUAAAAUUGAGCCAGUGCCACAGGAAGAAAAGCAAACAAAGCAAUCAGAGCAUGCUAAAGAACCUAAAACCCAAAAAGAGGAGGAGGCUCAAAGCUCAAUUAAGUCCUUUGAUGAAAAAGUUAAGGCAAUAAGUGCAUCGUUGACAAACGAUGAAAGCCCAAGCGAGGUAUCGGAGGCCACUUUGGAGAAGCGGAAAGCUUUUGAGACCACAUGCAAGACAGCCAACAAAGUGUUAGAAGCCGAGCAAAAGCCCUUAGCAACUGAAACUAAUGCAGGUCCUCAGAAACCCGUCAAGCCAGAUCAAAAGUCAGACCCGGCAGCUGAACAGUCAGAGAAAACACGGCCAGCAGAGCAUAUUAAAAGGCGAGCCUCCGAGCCUCCUUCUAUGGAAGACUUGGAUAAGCGCUAUGAGACCCUGAACCGUCGCAUGAGUAGUAAAAAUCACUUAACCACUCAAAACGAAACUGUGAACGAGGCGCUGGAGCGCAUUGAACAGGAAGUAAUGGCAGAGCUCGGCGACUCGGAGGAAGACACAAAACCAAUCAAAAAGCAACCACCCACAACCGAGGACUUGGAGAGCCGCUACGAGGCAUUACACAGCAAGGAUGCAAAAGAAAGUGAAAGUAAAUCAAAGCCGGCGCCUAAGUCACCUCCACGCCGUGUCGAUGUGGCCAUCGAGGCACACAUACCCGAACCGCCACCACCCCCACCAGCAGAGCACCGGAUCAUCAUCAAUCCUGGGCCGCAUCAGCAACGCGCUCUCAUUGAGGAGCUGCAGAGCAAGAUAAAAGCGCAGUCCCCGGGCGAGGAGAACUUGAGGCCGAGCGAAAUAAACCCUCAGCGAAAGCGCCAGCCAGAGCAUCGUCAGCUGCAACAGCGACCCACCACAAUGGGCGAUGAGACAUCGGAAGCACCUGCAACCACCGCUUACUACAGAUCGGGAAAUUACGAACCCUGGCAAUCGCAGCGAACGGUUCGUCGUUUCUCCGAUUUGCCAUCAAGAGCCGAUUUGGAAAAUCGUUUACAAUUCCUGGAAAAGAAAUUGUACAAGAAAUUCUACAAGCAGCGCUGUGCAAGUGAUUCCGAAGUUGCAUCGAGGAUGUUUAGCUAUGAGGACAAGCCAAGCACCUCGCAGCAAGCGGAGGCUCAGCUGGAACAGCGUGUUCUCGCUCUGGAGAAGCAGCUGAGCGAAAACAGCCUCAAACUGCUGGAAGCUGUUCGCGAAAAGGAAAAGCAGCAGGAGAAGGUCAACCACAACUCGGAAGAUCUCUGUUCUCCACGGCGACUUAGCACUGGCAUGGAAAUUGGCAAGGAGCUGGUGCGCUACACCCAAAACAUCUCUGAUGUUGAGGAGUCGGACAAGCCGAUUAACAUCAGCAUCAAUAUUAAAAUGCUGCUCAACAAAGAGAACGAACAGCGAAAGCCGCCAGCCGAGCCCAACACAGAUGAUUUGAGGCGACGAUUGGAACAGCUGGAACUGGAGCUGAUCGAAGCGCGAGCCAGGAAUGGAACAAUACCGAUUCCUGAUGCCGAGACAAACGCUGAAGAUGUUCCACUUCCGCCAACCGAACAAAGCGAGGAAACUGAGACAAGUAGAAAACAGGAAAAAGAUAGCCACAACCAGAGCGUUAAGUGUGACGAGGCCGAAAAGCUGGAAGAACCUGCAGUGCCCCCGAUGGAUACGACAGAGCCCGAGACGGUAAAGGAAACCAAAACCUUGGAAAAUGAAGAAAAGGCUCAAUCCGGUAAUAAAGAAUCGGACCUAACGAAUGUCACUAAAGAAGAGCAAAAGGUUGAGGCUAAAACUACUAAUCAAGAAGAUGAAAAGAAAAUCAAAAUGAAAUCCUCACCCACAAUCGAAGAGCCGAAAAUUCCAGAUGAAACUCAAAAAACUGAUCCUGAGCCAAAUAGUGAAAAAUCAGAUGCCGUUGAACAGAAGUCAACUUCAGCCGAGGAGCCACUUCAAAAUCCCGAAGAAAAUCUUGUAAUUAAUCCAAGUGAUAUUGGCCCUGUAGAUCCCAAUAAUAAAACUGUGGUACUUCUAAUGGAUAAUGAGCCAAAAGCAUUGAAGGUGCGCCGUCUGACCAGAGCCAAUACUGAAGAGCUCGAGGGUCUAUUUCAGGCCCUUGAAAAGCAACUCAACGAUCGAAAUCUCGUCAAGUCCAAAGAUGGAAAACUGAUUCGAGCAGAAAGUAAGCCAUCUGCCGAGCAAGUCGAGCAGGCACAAGCCAUAUCAGACCUGACCAAAGAAAUUGAAGACUUCACCAGUGGCAAACCGGAACAAGAAGCAGCGGAGCAGAAACAAGAGAAAGAAAAGGCCGCCGAGGAGGAUCCCAACUAUGACUGGGGACCCAAUCCAGUUAAGCAUCACCUGAAACGGAAAACCGUUUAUCUGCCAUCCACCAAAGAGCUAGAGGCUCGCUUUCGCUCUUUGGAGCGUCAAAUUAAACUACUCGAAGAUGUUGAAAAAAUUGACGUAGAGCAGAGACUCUGUGAAAUCGAGCGAAAGAUCAAGCUGCAGUACUCGUUGUCGCAUGAGAAAGACCUCAACAAAUUCUUAGAGCUAUGCGAAGGCAAAGGCCUAGAUGAUGACGAGGAUGUUCAUGUGGCGGAGGCUACUUCUCCAGUCAACGACCGCUCACGCAGUCCAUCACGCAAACAAACUAGCUCCUCCUCGAGAUCGCCAUACACGUCUCCAGUUUCCAAGUCAGUGAGCAAGUCGCCAUACGUGUCGCCUUCACGUAAGGAGAAGAUCACCACAAAAUCACCUUAUACGUCACCAUCACGCCAGAAUAAGAAGACGCAGCAAACAUCACCGACGCGCGCCGCCAGCAAGAAGAGUCCAUACACUUCGCCGGCUCGCCGUCAGCCGCACAAAGACGAUCUACCCAUCCCUGACGACCUCGAAUACAAAUAUCGCGUACUGGACUUGGUGCGCUCCAAGUCCAAGGACAAUCUCUCGAAGCGUAAAACUGACCCCAAUAAGAAACCACCUAUUCAUCCGCUCGAGAUGCUGCUCGAUCCGAGUCCGGAUGAUAGUGAAAUACCGACUACGGGAGAGCUGGAGCAUCGCAUACGACUGCUGGACGAGAAACUAAAGUCCCCUGUGCGCCACAAGUCGCGUUCCCGUUCACCCACCAUCGAGGAUAUCAAGCGAAAGAAAAUGCUAGAUGAUCAGCUGCCCAAGACUCCGGUGCACAGCCUGGAACGUUUGGUCUACUCGCCCAGCAAGCCGGAACCACCCACUGCCGAAGAACUGGACAAGCGUAUUCUUGCGCUGGAAAAGGAGCAACGCUUCGAUUUCAAGACCCAAAAAGACUACAAAGAAUUCAAUCAAAAACUUAAAGACGUGGUCUCGCCCUCGCUAUCCUACGAGGAGUUCAAGCUGGCAAAGUCGCGCGAGCAGAGUCCCCGGCGACAAGCCCCCACAACGCCAAAGUCAGCAAUGCGACGCGAUGAGCUACAUGACGAUUACCGUGACUAUCGCCGUGAGGAGACAACCUCGUAUCGGCCCACCAGCCCCAAGGUCAUACGAUUCCGGGAUGAGGACGACGACUACUACGAGGACUCGUGGCGUCCCAAGUCACGGCAGAGUCAGGGACAGGGCCCAGCCAGCGAGCGAAUGGUGGGCAUAACUGAUGUUUUAAGCUUUAUGGAGGAGAAUUCUAAAAUUCUUCAACGUAUUCUUAAGAAGACUCUUGCAGAUCAGCCGUCAGCAGCAGCAAGUCGCAGUUAUAUCAACAGCACAGCGGCCGCAUCAGCAGCCUCUGAAGGUGUCGACGCCCUAGGCAGUCGCCUGAUGAGGGAAACAUCGCCCAUCACUCGAACUGGAACCCAUACGGGCGUACCGCUGCGCACUGGAGAGAACAUUAAUGAUCGCCUGAGCUCCAUCAAGAACAGCAUCAAGUCCAUCGACAGCUUGUGCGAGGAGAAAUCCUAUCAGAAGGAGAAGUGCCAGCGCUAUAUUGACUCUCUAUUCUCUGACUCCUUGCACUUCUCCAAUAAGAAGAGCUCGGCCGAGGACUUGACGCACAGUCGGAGCGAGAGUCGAGGACGUGGCACGCAGCGCUGCUCCGACUAUACGCCAACAAUCCGGAUCAGCUCCGAGCACCGUUCGCUCGGCUCCGUGGAGUCGUUGCGCACGGGCAGCCCGCUGCGUGCUUCCAGUCCGCCGCAUCACCGUUCGCACAGGGAUGUUAGCCGGGAGCUGUCGCCGCGUCGCCGUCGCGAGACGGAAGAGCUAGAGGAGCGCGAGAGUAGUAGGGUAAGACGUGAUAAUAUGUUGCCAAAUUAUUUAGCUGAUAAUCGUAGCGAACUAGGUAGCUCCAGUAGUUUAACUAAGUUUCACAAAGUAGAUAGACAACUAGAAGAAACCUGCGCCAAGUACGCGGACGACAGACGCUCAGCCUGCAAGUCCCCGUUGAGCUCGCCGUACGAGUCCCGAACAACAGGCACACGAUACAACACAACAGCCACAGUCGACAGUUUCCCUAGGCCCGUGUCGCCCUACCGCCAGCCCUAUGACCCAAGCAGGCCCUCACGCUCCAACACGCCCGUCUAUCAGCCAGCCAAGCUGGAGAUCCGCCACACGACCGUCACGUCGACCUUCUACGAUCGCUUUCUCACCGAGAAGCAGAUUGAGAAGCAGACGCUCCCUCGUCCACCCAGCCGCUCGCCCGUCCUCUCGCCCUCGGCAGCGACCAAGAGCUACAGCGAUCUGCCCAGCACCCUGGCGGCCCACAAGUACGGUCACGAGCUCUUGCCCGACGUGGCCCCCACAAGCGCGAGCAGCUACUCACCCAUGUCCCGCAGCUACGCGGGCAGCAGCAGCAACUACUCAUACCUCACCCCACUCACCACUGCGGCCUCCACUUCAGCUGGCAGUGCAUCUGAUCUGCGCCUGCGCAACAGCUCUGAGAAUAUUCCCAGUCCCCAACCCAAUCCCACUCUCACUCCCACAGCCACAAGCACCAGCACAGCCAUGCCAUAUGCAAGCGUGCUCGGCUCGAGCUCGGCAGCCUCCACAGCAUCUGCUUUCGUGCCAUACAACUUCAGUAGCUCAUUUGGCAGUCGCCUGGGUGACCCGGUGAGCGCCUCUGGCACCUCCACUCUCAGCACGUACUCCACCGGCGUCUACAAUCCCAUGAUGUCAUUCACAUUGCGCGAACCUCAGAUAAGCAGCUUGCCCAGCUCGUCAUCGGGUCAGUAUCAAUUCAAGAGCGCGUUCGGCUCGACUCUGGCAAAGAGCGAGUCCGACAAGCCAUAGGCUCGAUGAGCUAGUGGGCAUACGAAUAGGUUGUCAUCUCUGAACCAUGCCACAUUCUCAGCACAUGCUCAAACUAUAUUUACUUUAAGCUAACAAAUUACUCUUUGCAAUUAUAUAAACAAGCAAAAAAGGAAAACUCUCAAAGCU